UUGAUUUGGAAUAAAAGUGUGACGAAUUAUAAGAUUAUAUUUCAUAAUAAUUUCAGUGUAACUAUGUUCUACCACCAAAGUAUUCUGCAAAGAAGAGGAGGGAAAUUUGGAACAGUUUGGCUUGCUGCUACAAAGAUUGAUCAGCUGAAAAGAAGAGAUUUUAGUGCAGUAAAUAUCAGAAGAACAUGUGAUGAUAUUCUUGAUUAUGUACUGGUAAGAAUAAUGCCAAAGAAACAAGGAUCAGGACAUCCAAGGUUUUCCCUUUAUCUGUCAUCGCAGCUUAUGUAUGGAGUUAUCAGGGUAUAUAAAAGACAGAAUGAAUACCUUCUAGAUGAUGUGACUAAUUUCUUCUGUAAGAUGAGAAUUGCUGUGGCCAAUCUUGAGGAGAUUGAUCUGAAAGCCAUGAAUAGACAAGAACAGUUGGCAUGUGAUUUAGAUGAUUUAUAUGCAGAUAAUCCUUGGUUUGGUGUACUGCAGAUGGAUGCAGCAGAUUUAUUGAAAUCACCACAAAUUCCAGGCAUGUUCUAGUUGAAGAGGUUCUAUCUGUAAGAAAUUGGAAAUGUGGAGAAUAGAAUCUAGCUUAUCAAUUCCAAGAUCUCCAUUGAUGAGUCCACCUUUAAAGCCUGCUCAACCAUCUACACCACAAAUAUCUAUCAAUGAACCAAUGUUAAAACCAGAUAUGGCUUCACCACAUACAGUUUCCAGCAAGGAGGAGAUAACUAUUCCAGAAAUUGAUAUGACAAUAUUUCAAGAUAUUCAGUUCCAACCAGAACAAGACUUACCACCAUUUGAUGGUAAGCUAAUAGAAAGUAUUUUGGAGGAACCAUUACCAGGUGAUUUACAGAUGGGAAAAUUCCUAUCUCCUGUCAAAGUUCCACAGUAUGAAGAGAUGCAACAAGAUCUUGCCCAGGGUUUAUUAUCACCAAAAGAAAGGACACCAAUGACAAAACCUGAUAAAUCAAGUGUACCAGAAAAGAGGGCACCAGUAUUAUCUCCUGGGGUUACUCCAAUGCCACAGCCAGAGGAACCAGAAUUGAGACCUAGAAGAGCUAGAGCUAGUUUCACUCUGCAGCUGUCCCCUGUCCCACCAAGUCCUAGAAGACAAAGAAAAAGACGUCAUUUGUGCAUUGAUGCCCAGUGUCAAAUACUAAAAGAUCAGUUGAAACAAAAUUUUACAAAUAGAGAAGAUAUUAUGCAAACUUUUGUUUUACCCGAUUUGAAGAAGUCUUCAGUACAAGACUUGUUUAACAAUCCAGGACGGCCAGCAAUGACUAGACAGCCAAGGCUUUUACAGCUAUGGAGAAGGAAUGCAGUUUAUGGGUUGCUGGAGACAGAUUCAGAUAUUGGACAACCUGCAUGGAGUGUGCCUGACUUACUUGGAGAUGAAGAACCCAGACCAACUCGCAGUAAAAGAAGAUUGGUUUCACAAUCUGUCCCACAGCUAUCUCCUGUUCAACAGCAGCAGGAACUAGAGAUUCAAAUACAGGACCAAGAGUUACCUAGGCCUGAUUUGGAGGCUAUACCAGAACAUGUAAUGGAGGAACAGCCUUCAACUGAAAUGAUGAGAGAAGGUUCCCUAUCUAGGAGUCGUCUGCUAGAUGAUACACCUGUCUCUAUUCAUCAGAGAAGUACUCAUUCAGAGGCAGACAAAAGUAAAGAUUUGGAUAAGAGUAAAGGGAAAGAGGAACCAGCUGUUAGUAAAUCCAAAAGAAAAUCUAGAACAACAAGAGGAAGCACUACAACAGAGGAAGAGAUGGAUGUAAAUUUAAUACCAGAUACGUCUGAAAACCAAUCGGUGCUUCAGGAAUCUCUUGCACAACUGUCCUCCAUUAUGGAAGAACCUCAAGUUCCUAUCACACCUAUUCCCUUGCCUGUUGUUACUACUUCUACACCCACAUCAGCUGAACUUCUCAGGCUGAUCAGACGAUACACAAGAGAAGAAGAAUGGACAACUUUUCAGACAAUAUGUUCACCAAAUCAGUUUGACAGAACACAGGCAGCAAAAAUAUUCUCCGACUUAUUAGAUUUGUGCCGAAGUAAAAAGGUAAAAUGUGAACAGGAGGCAGCCUUUGAAGAUAUUUACAUCUGGAGAACCUCUUAAUGGAUGCAUUCACGAAAUGGAUGGCUGUAUUGUCUACAUGCUGAUGUUAUGACAGCAAACUUGAAGUCUUAUUAGUGUGUAGAAUUGUUAGAAUUUGCUCAAUGUUUAUAAGUUGGAAUGCUAAAUAUAAGUGAAGGCAGGUAGAAUAAUGUCUCUAAUUUAAAGUUUUUUUUUAAGUAAAUAAGUUCAAACAGACUUUAAACCUCUUAAUAUAUAUUUCUUCAUAGAAUUAAAAUUAAGAAAAUCAUUAUGAACUAAUUGUAUUUUUAUUUUAUGAAUGAAUUAAUUAAGAUUUUGUUUAUGAUGGUUAAGUUAUAUUUAGUGUCUUUGGUAUAUGAUAUAUAUGCCAAAUAUAUAUUAUUUACAGGAAUUUUUAGAAGUAUAUUUAUACCUAUUUUUACAUAAACUAUAUUAUUCCAUAAAGUGAAUCAUGACAAGAUUUCCCAGUAAUAUGAUUCAGAUUAUGCAUCAUCAUAUAUUUUGUAUUAUGAUAUAAUUUUAAUUAAGAAUUAAUUCUUUAUGAUCCACCAUUCUUUCUACUUUUUUAACAAGUAUAAAAUUAUGGAUUAUAAUUGGAGAAUCUGCAUUUUAAAAUCAUUGUGCUCUUUAAAAAAAAACCCAUUUUACACGAAAAAUGAACUGACACAUUGUGUAUGUUUUGAAAUGUGUCUAUAUAUAAACAUUGAAAUAAUGGAGGACAGGAAAAGCAUAAUCCCACCCUUUUCAGUUAAUACUUGAGUAAAAUACACUCAAGAAUCAUAUUUAUCUAAACAAUUAAAUUUACAGGAAAAAUUAAUUUGUAAAUCUUGAAAUAAACAUUGUGAAAGCAUUAAGUCGCAUAUCAAUUACAGCGUCACUUCAUAUUUAUUUUUACAUUGAAAGAAGAGCGAGUUGUUUAUGUCAAGUAGAAUAUUUGGUAAUUUUGAUUUAACAAGAUUUUUUACCAGUUUAGUUUUAUAAAGCUUAGGAAUGAACUGUUUGCAUCUUUUUGUUGUCUGAAUGUAUUUCUUAUAUUCAAAUCAUGCUAGCUGUUAAAUAUUUAACCUGUAAAUAUUAAAUCCAUAUCAAGUUAAACUAAUAUUGUUGAAAUAUUUUAUAGUUGUUAACUA